UUUUCCGAUUUCCCUCUCUCAGAGUUCGCAAAUGCAUUCCGCUCUCCAGAAGAUGAGUUUGGUCACAGUUCUCAGUUCGCUUUGCGCUCUCGAGGAAAAAGCUCGUGAUGGAAAAUCCACGGAAUAUUACCGAUUUGCCAUUGGAAGUCCUCGAUCAGAUAUUCGGCUAUCUCAGUUAUCUAUCAAGCAAAGUGAAACUGGCUCAGGCCCAUGAAAAGCUGGGAAAAGCGUUUGUCUACCACAGCCGCAAUGAGUUCAGGAGGCUGUCGCCCGAUGCAUAUCUCACACCCGAACUGUGGCUGUUUGUUGUAAAGGAAUGUGGAGCCACAGUUGAGGAAUUAUUUUACGAUGAUGAGCGUCCAGGCUUUUACUGGGACGACCUUAUAGCCCAGGCGGUUGUGAAGCACUGUCCCAAUCUGAAAUCGGUAUCAACUUGUGUAUAUAGGUCCCAGCACGACAGCGUCCAGGAAUUUUUAAUAAAAACAAAAAACUCGUUGAUAUCGCUUUCGUUGAAGCUCAGUCAACAUUUCACACACUGCACACUCAUGAAUGUCGUUGGUGAAAUGCCGCAAUUAAAAAAAUUAUCAAUCAUCGGAUUUGUGGAUGAGCAAAUUUACCAGGUACAAAAAUUGAUCUCCCUGGAGACGCUGAAAAUCGAAGAACUUUAUUAUAGGAGCAGACAGGAAUUGGACAUAUUACGAAUUUGUAGCUCACUUAAAAAUCUCCGGAAAUUGAAAGUGAGUAAUAUAAAACUUAAGCCAAUCAAAGAGCGUUGUUCAAUAAUGUGGGCUGACUUGGAAUACCUCAAAUUGACUCAGAGUGAAGUCACUAGUGAAUUGCCAGACUGCCCAAAACUUAAGUACUUGGACAUUCGUAAUCUAACAUGCCAUAUCGAAGGUUAUAUCCUAAAAUUUAUUAAGAAAAAUGGAGCAAAUAUCCACACGAUUUGUGAGAAAUGUUACCCGCUAAUCACUGCCGACGGUUUUCUCCAAUUGCUUCGAAGCUGCCCAAAUCUGCGAGUCCUAUAUACUCAGCUGGAGUAUAUAAAACUCUAUUUUGCCUAUGUGACAAAUAUGGUCGAAAUACUAAGGGAAAAUGGAGUUACUCCAGGGGAUCCAUUGGAACUAGUUGUUUGUAGCCGUAUUAAGUGGAAAUGGAUUAAACGAUUACUACUUCGGACCCCCAAUUCUGAGCUGAUCGAUCUAUACAUGGGAACUUUUUAACGAUAAUUUAAUGAAACAGCCCAAAAGAGGUGCCACUGCCUCCAAUAGUUUAGUCAAUUUAA